AUGUGCGUGGACUACACAAAUCUCAACCGGACCUGCCCAAAGGAUAGCUUCCCCCUACCCCGCAUUGACCAGCUCGUUGACGCCACAGCUGGCCAUGUCCUCCUCAGCUUCAUGGAUGCUUACUCAGGCUACAACCAGAUCUGCAUGCACCCUAAGGACCAAGCUCAUACAUCCUUUAUCACUGAUCGUGGCCUUUACUGCUACAAAGUCAUGCCCUUCGGCCUCAAGAACGCCAAGGCUACGUAUCAGCGUCUGGUGAACAGCAUCUUCACUCCACUGAUUGGCAACACCAUGGAGGUUUAUGUUAACGACAUGUUGGUCAAGAGUCGCACUGCUAACCAGCACGUCCCCAAUCUCUCUGCCAUGUUCACCAUUUUGAAGCAGUAUAGGAUGAGGCUCAACCCUACCAAGUGUGCAUUUGGGGUGGCUUCCGAAAAAUUCCUUGGCUUCAUGAUCAGCCAAAAAGGUAUUGAGGCCAACCCGGAGAAGAUCCAAGCCAUCUUAGACAUGACGAUACCCAAGACGAUCAAGGACAUUCAGAGCCUUACCGGGUGUGUCGUAGCCCUGACCAAAUUCAUUUCCAAGGCUACUGAUCGAUGUGCCCCAUUCUUCAAGACAAACGCAGCAUUACCUGGACUGCCGAAUGCCGAGGUUUGGUACCCAGACAUUGAGAAACUUUCUUUUGCCCUAGUAGUCUCGGCUAGACGCCUCAAACCAUACUUCCAAGCUCACACCAUCCAUGUCUUAUCCAACCAACCGCUUAGGCAAGUGUUGCAGAAGCCACAGACUUCUGGGAGGUUGGUUAAGUGGGCCAUCGAGCUGGGUGAGUUUGAUAUCCACUACAAACCCCGCCCAGCUACAAAGGGCCAGGUCGUUGCUGACUUUAUAUCAGAACUCACAGAUCCCCAAGCUUCGACCUCUACCCAGGUCAUAACUGAACCCAGUGUUCCUUCGAGUCAGCUCCACAUCGCCAGCAGUGGCGACCUCGACUUGACCCAGCCCUUGUGGACCUUAUAUGUGGAUGGCUCCUACAAUAUCCAAGGAUGUGGGGUCGGCCUUGUUCUCAUCUCCCCAGACAAGGUUGUCCUAGAGUACCUCCUCCGCUUCAAAUUCCAUGCCUCCAACAAUGAGGUCGACUACGAAGCACUCUUAGCUGGCCUUCGACUAGCUAAGGAGAUGGGUGCCAAGCAAAUUCAGAUAUUCAGCGACUCACAGCUCGUUGUCCAUCAAGUCAACUAG